AUGGCCCGCAAGCUCAAGAUCUCCAAGUUCCAGGCUUUCGUGGCCACAUUGUACCCAUUGACCAUUUUGUUGGGCCAACUGGUUGCUAUUGCGUCGCCCACGGAAAUCACCUCCAACUACUUCACCUCCAAACGCAACAUCUUCAACGUGCUGUUCGUCAAGAAAGGCUGGCUGUGGACGUCCGUGGUGUACUUUCUGCUGCUUGCACGCGUGCCUGCAACGUCCCGCUAUGCCAACGCCAGCUCGCUCCAGCAGUCGCUCAAACAGUACGUCUGUGCAACCGCGUGGUGGAUCUUCUAUUCUCAGUGGUUCUUCGGGCUGCCCAUCAUGGACAAGGUGUUCAUUCUCACGGGCGGCCAGUGCUCGGGGAUCUCGCCCGCAGCUGCCAUCGACACGAGCAAGUUCAAAGUGAUGAGCUCCAAUCUCGACGAGUUGCUCUAUUCCUCCAGCAGCAUCACGUCCGCCAAGUGUCGCGCCAUCAAGGGCCGCUGGCACGGCGGCCACGACCCCUCGGGCCACGUGUUCAUCUUGUCGUUGAGCUCGAUGUUGCUGAUCCUCGAGUGUGCCCGGUUCUACUCGUUGCAGGACCUGCAAACAGAGUGGGCCAGGUUCAAGCAGUCGACAGCACGGUUCUGGGAGACCAGGUCGCUGCAAACAGCCACGCCGCUGCUCAAGGACUACCCCCUCGUGUACAUCGCGCUGCUGCUCGUGCUCUGGUUCUGGAUGCUGUUCGUCACGUCGAUGCACUUCCACUCCUUUGUCGAGAAACUGGCCGGGCUCGCGUUCAGCUACCUCGGCAUCUAUGCAUCUAUCCGGCUGUUCCAGUGA